GGAAGCAGGGGAGUGUGCGGCGGGGCCAGUGGACGGCGCUGCACGGGGGUCUGUGGCCUCAUUCCCCAAGGGGAGCUAUACCUGGCUGUCAUGAGAGAGACUUUGGAGGCUCUGAGCUCCCUGGGAUUCUCCGUGGGACAGUCUGAGAUGGCCCCACAAAGUGAGCCCAGGGACGGGUCCCACAAUGCCCAGGGGAAGGUGUCCUCUCGGGAAGACAGUGUACUGGGCACGUGCUCAGGGCUCAAGGCUGCUGGCCCGGAGGAAGAGGCCCAGAUGGAACAAGCUGAAGGCCCCUGCAGAGGUGGCCAGGCCUGUGUCCCACAGAAGACCGAGCCCGUGGGCUCCUGCUCUGGGGACGAGUGGAUGAUUCGGAAGGUGAAGGUGGAGGAGGAGGAUCAGGAGGCGGAGGUCGAGUGGCCGCAGCAUCUCUCCUUACUCCCCGGCCCCUUUGCCGCCCCUGAUCUGGGGCACCUGGCGGCCGCGUAUAAACUGGAGCCGGGGGCUCCGGGGACUCUGGGCGGGCUGGCGCUGACCGGGUGGACCCCGAUCGCCCUCCCCGAGAAGCCGUACGGCUGCGGGGAGUGCGAGCGGCGUUUCCGGGACCAGCUGACGCUGCGGCUGCACCAGCGGCUGCACCGCGGCGAGGGCCCCUGCGCCUGCCCGGACUGCGGCCGCAGCUUCUCGCAGCGCGCGCACAUGCUGCUGCACCAGCGCAGCCACCGCGGCGAGCGGCCCUUCCCGUGCUCCGAGUGCGACAAGCGCUUCAGCAAGAAGGCCCACCUGACCCGCCACCUGCGCACGCACACCGGCGAGCGGCCCUACCCGUGCGCCGAGUGCGGCAAGCGCUUCAGCCAGAAGAUCCACCUGGGCUCGCACCAGAAGACGCACACCGGCGAGCGGCCCUUCCCCUGCGCCGAGUGCGAGAAGCGCUUCCGCAAGAAGACGCACCUGAUCCGCCACCAGCGCAUCCACACCGGCGAGCGGCCCUACCAGUGCGCCCAGUGCGCGCGCAGCUUCACGCACAAGCAGCACCUGGUGCGGCACCAGCGCGUGCACGAGGCCGCCAGCCGGGCCCUGCCCUCCCCCGCCGAGGCGCCCGCCUCGCCCCCGGCCCUGCCGGCCUCCGCCUCGCCCCCCGGCCCCAAGCCUUUCUCCUGCCCCCACUGCGGCCUGGGCUUCGGCUGGAAGAAGAACCUGGCCACGCACCAGCGUCUGCACCGCAGCGAGGGGGCUCCGUUUGGAUGCGACGAGUGCGCCGCCGACGUGGACCCCGCCGCCGCCGCCGCCGCCGAGCCCUUGGCCUGCGGCCCCGGAUCCAGCCCGCCGGACCCCCCGGGCGCCGGCGGCGAGCGAGCCUUCUUCUGCCCCGAGUGCGGUCGCGGCUUCGCCCACGGCCAGCACCUGUCGCGGCACCGGCGCGUGCACACCGGGGAGCGGCCCUUCGCCUGCGCGCAGUGCGGCCGUCGCUUCGGCUCCAGACCCAACCUGGUCGCCCACGCCAGGGCCCACAGCGGGGCCCGGCCUUUUGCCUGCGCGCAGUGCGGCCGCCGCUUCAGCCGCAAGUCCCACCUGGGCCGCCACCAGGCCGUGCACACGGGCAGCCGCCCCCACGCCUGCGCCGUCUGCGCCCGCAGCUUCAGCUCCAAAACCAACCUGGUCCGCCACCAGGCCAUCCACACCGGCUCCCGCCCCUUCUCCUGCCCGCAGUGCAGCAAGAGCUUCAGCCGCAAGACCCACCUCGUGCGGCACCAGCGCAUCCACAGCCAGGCCGCCCUCCCCACGGCCUCCGCCGACCUCUCGGCCCCGGCCUGGCCCAACCCCACCGAGGUGGCCCCGCCCCCCCUCUUCUUCUGAGCUCCAUCCGUUUGUCCUCACCGGGAUCCUUGCUUGGCUCACAGAUUCCAGGGAUCACCCCGGCCAGAUGCCUCCUGGGCUGUUGGUACAAAGAAAGAACCUGGAUAGGUGUGACUUGUGUCCCCUACCCCACCCCCAGCGUCCGGAAAGGAAAGGUGUGCCCGGCGCAGUGCUGGCCAUGCGCCCACAGCGAUGGCGCAGAGAGAAUCCAUAGAUCCAUCAGGAAGCACGCAUUUCCUGGGUCCAGCGGGGCCGCCGAGGGAAAGAACGGCCGUUAUCUUGUGUACCUAAAGGGCCAUUAAGAUCCUAUCCAAAGUUCCAGGGAUGUUAGCCCAGAGCCAAUCAGCCUGACUGUUCAACCCCCUGCCCCAUCAACGGCCCUGGGAAGAGCCCUUCGGUAUCACUUGCUGAUAAUUGGCUCUUCCAAAUCAAAAUGUACCGAGUUCCAUUGCCAACCCCCUAUCCUUCCAACUUCCACCUCAGAUGUUUGACAAGGAAGAGACAUUUGUCAACGUUCCCCUUGGGCCAGGUGUUGAAGACUAGGGCUGAAGGGAAGGAAGGCAGGCAGAGCUGGGCCAGCACCUUUGGUCUUCCCCAUGAGGUAAGGAGGCUCCCAGAGCCCGGGCUUCUGCCUGUGCACAGCUCCCUCAGGGAGCUUGGAACAGCAGCCUCACCUGCUACCCGUCUGGAGGUGGGGAAGGAAGUAGCAGUAGCACCUGAACCUCAGAAGAAGGUUGCUUCCACGUACUUGCUGCCAGAUGCUUUUCUGAUGAGGGAUGCUCCAUGCAGAGGCUCUGCAGGCCAGGCAUGCGAGCUGGGACUAGCUGGCUGUGAGGGGAGAGGCAGGGUAGUGGGGACAUCCCGGGCUUGGACGGGGAAGUCUUGGUUUUGCCGCUUCCUCUGGGUCUUGGAGCCCAGCAUCUGUCUGUCUGGACCUCUGUUUCCUCAUUAAAAUGAGAGUUGAUGUUAA